UAGGCUCCAGCACUGCCCGUGACCAUCGUGAGGAUAAGCGACAAAGAAAAUGGAUGGGUGCUGAUUUAAAUGACAUUCAAUAUUCAUGAUUUUGAUUGUGGGAGCAGAAAAGCACAAAGCUCCUCGUGGGCCGCCAUCUUGGGUCUUGCGCAACCGUGGCGCAGUCACCGUGUGCACACUGCUGAAUUGUUAAAUGCAAAAUUCUCUACGUGUAAACUGGACUGUCAAUUGUGUUCAUAACAACUGUUGGCAAAUGAGGCCCAUUUCACUUCGAGCUUUCUCACGCUAUUCCCCAAAAGCUUAAAAAUGGGUGUUGUCCCGUUUCCCACAGUCGUUAAAUGUUUCCAUUCGUAUGAAAAAAGCCCUUUCAGGAUUUACCCUGCGGCUGAUGUUGCUCGGUUGUGUUUCUGUUUCUCUGUUACGCCCUGUGCCGCUAAUUCUUUGGGCAUGUGAUGCAAGACUCAAGGCUUUUUGUUUAAGAAAGUGAACACUCGUUACACGGCGACCUACAAUAGGGCACAAUGAGACUUAUUUGCAUCAUCUUACUGCAUUUCAUUUUUGUCUGCUGCACCUCAACUAAGAAGAUGCGUUGGUGCACAGUGUCCGAUCCUGAGCAGAGGAAGUGUGCAGAAAUGGGGAAAGCCCUGCUCGCCGUGCCGCCUCCAGCCACUGCGAACGCUUUUCCCGGACUUUCUUGCAUCCGAGCCUUCAGCCUGACUGACUGCAUCAACAAGGUCACGGCUAAUCGCGCAGAUGUGGUGACGCUAGAGGCGGGAGGUGUUUACUCUGCGAUGAAGGAAUUCGGCCUCGCGGCUGUCGCCAAGGAGACGUACAGCGAUGGAGGCUGCGUUUUGUCUGUGGCUGUGGUGAAAAACAGCAGCUUGUCCGUAAAGUCCCUGCGGGGUCUCAGGAGCUGUCACAGUGGGUUCCGAUGGACGGCCGGGUGGAGUCUUCCGCUUGGGUUCCUGCUGUCCCGCAAUUACCUGAGCUGGUCGAAGGAGAGGCCGCUCGCAAAGGGCGUGAGCGCCUUUUUCAAUGCCAGCUGCGUUCCCGGAUCUGCUGCCGUGGCGCCACAUCUCUGUUCUCUGUGCCGAGGCCAGAAGUCUUACGUUCGACAAAAAAAUUUACACUGCGAGAUGUCUCACAGCGAACCUUUCUACAACAGCUACGGAGCCCUCAGAUGUCUCAAGAGUGGUGCGGGAGAUGUUGCAUUCGUGGACCAUUUGGCACUUGAAAGUAUCGAAAACAGUGAAAGGGACAAGUUGAGGUUACUGUGCACAGACGGCACCCAAGCGCCACUCAGUCAUUACAAAACCUGCAAUCUGGGCCGAGGUCCAGGAGCGGCCGUGGUCACCCGAUUGAGCUUUCGGACGGUGGCUCGCAAGUUUCUUCUCACGCUGCAGACGCUUUUUGGCCGUCAGGGCCGUGAGAGGCAUCGCUUCCAACUCUUCGACUCAUCUUCUUUUGGGGAAAGAGACCUCCUUUUCAAAGAUGCCACAGCCAAACUAGCUGCUCUGCCGGAUGGCGUGGACCUCAGUCAGGUGUUGGGACUGGGUUACAUAACACUGCUCAAGGGUCUCGGACAUGAAGGAAGCUCGCUGGAGGACAGUGUUGUGCGGUGGUGCUGCAUCAGCCACGCGGAGCUGACGAAAUGCGAGCAGUGGGCUCUGAACAUAGAGUCAGACCCGCUGGUGUGUGUUAGAGCGGCCUCCAUGCGAGACUGCGUGAAGAAAAUUAAGCAGGAUGAGGUGGACGCGGUCUCACUAGACGCAACUCAUGUAUAUAUUGCAGGAAAAUGUGGCCUGGUUCCGGUCGUAACGGAAUAUUAUGGUCAAGAUGGAGAAUGUAUGGCAACUGGAGUAUCUGCUGGGCAAAAGACAGAAGUGUUGCCUUCGGUCGUGGGCGUGGCAGUGGCCAAGCGGUCCAACAGGCUCAUCGCCAUGGGCACCCUCGGGGGUCGUCGCUCCUGCCAUGGCCACAUGCACAGCCCCGCGGGGUGGCUGCUGCCGUACGCGCACACGCUCAGCCGGCAGCACGACAGCGGCCACGCAACUUGUGAUCCAAACCGAGUGUACGGCGCCGUGUUUUGGAAAGGAUGCCUUCCCGGCUCUCGGGGGAAUCUGUGUAAAGUGUGUCUGGGGGGCACGGGCGAGGCGACAACCAAACGCUGCGCUGACAACCACAAUGAGCGUUACUAUGGCAACAUGGGAGCUUUGAGGUGUCUGGUUGGAGAUCCCAGUGGCAAAAGCUAUGGCGAUGUGGCCUUCCUUGAGAAUCACAACCUUCAAGACAACAUUCUCAGUUUGAAUUCCUCUGGUUGGGCAGAAGGGUGGACGCCGUCGGACUUUGAGCUGCUGUGCGGGGACGGACGUCGGGCGUCGUUGUCCGAGUGGGAGAGCUGUCACUUGGGCGUCAUCCCGCCCAACACGGUCAUGACCCGGCCGGUGCUCACGGCACGGGUUUACAACUUCCUCGUCAAGUCUGAAGAAACACUGGCGGCCAAGCCAAGAUCCGAGUUUAAACUCUUUGAAUCUCGACGCUACGGCGAAAGCGAUUUGUUGUUCAAAGACGUGACCCGAUGUUUCCUCCACACGAGCCACGCGGAUUGGCGCUCCGUUCUGGGAGAGGAGUUUUACAGCCGCGUGGAAGCUGCCUUCAACUGCACCCAGUCUGCAGACAUCUUACACUUCUGCAGUCAAGAUGUGUGCAGUCCACUUUAAUGGCCACUGAGAAUCAGUCCAAAUAAUUUUGAUUAAUCAGUUUGUGUGUCAAAUACUUUAAUGAAAGGCUGAUUCGAAAGUUCCAACGGAUCACAGGAUUUGUUGCAGAUACGGGUUUCUCUUGGUACCACUUUCCUUGUCAUAAACUCAUUAUGUGAUGUAUUAAAGAGUACUGUAGAA